CUUUAGCAAUAACACACAACCAAAAAAAUUGCAGUACAAAAAUAAGUUGCACAAAAUCAGUUUCUCAUCGUAAAUUAAUCUUAACCGUUUUAUUUUGUAAUUGGAAAAUGUAGAAUUAUUAUUAACGGUUACUUUUAAGCCGCAACAAAGAUUAUUGUAUCAUCAGUUAUUUUUUAGUUCAACAGUUAAAUUCUUGAUUGGUAUCGUACGUUACAACUUGUAGCAUAACUGGUUAUAACUUAUACUAGUAUGUUAAUUCUUUUCCAGCCAGUAUGUUUAUUUUGUUUUCAUAUAAAAUACAUAGAAAAAGUCGUAAAUCUGAAAUAAUUCUCCCUUUAAAUGCAAAUUUUUAGGAACUUAAUUAAUGACGUAUAAUAUGGAGCCACCCAGAGGAUCAAAUGAACUACGAUUAGAUAUCGGUCAGAUAUAAAUAAUCAUUACUAAUAGCGUGGGAAAUCUAAUAGAACUAAACGUACAGACAACAAACUAUAAUUGUAAAAAAAAAAAAAAAAAAAAAACAAAAACAAACUAUAAUUGUCACAAAACGCGAGUAGACAUAGUUCUACAUAACUUAUGUGUGUAAAUUGAUUUAAAUAUUUAUACUGUAUAUUUUUAAACAAUAUUUUUGGAACGUGAGAAAGAGGAGAAGAGAUCUUAUCAACUCAUAAUCAUAUGCAUGCAGCAGCAUGCAGAGAUUUUAAAAAGAUAAUUCUAUUUUUAUGAAUUAAUCUUAAAAACGUCCCACUUCUUGGCAUUAAUUAGCAUUAAUCAUUUCUACAUCUCUCGUAACUCCAAACUUUACAGGGCAAUCAAUUAGCCGUCAAUGCCUACUUUUCCCGUAGAGUUCUAUAACUUCACUUGUAUACCUUCUCUUUCCAUAUCUACCAGUAUAUUUUUAUCUACACCUCUUUCUUUCUUUAUCUGAUUAGUGAUCAUAUUAAUGAUGAUGAACUCGUUUAGCAGUUUGGAGUGUGAUAAGGUAUUUGACAAAGAAGAUAAGCCAUUCUCGUUUCUAGAGUAUUUCUCUUAUCAAAGCGAGUUCACCAAUAAUUUCUUUGGAUUGGAAGAUGAAAUUAUUUCCUCUGGCAACUAUGAUUAUUAUCUUCCAUCUGCCUCAAACUUUCUGGCUUUACCUGAUCUUGAACCCAUCUCCAUCGUCUCUCAUGAAGAUUUACUUAACGAGUACGGUUCUGUUUCAUGGACUGAAAAAGAGUCGAUGUUUGAUGAACAUCAAAGAGAAGAUUUUGAUUUGGUGAAAAAGACUGAAACUGUCAAGAAAAGAGUCAGAGAAGAAUGUGCUUAUAGUAGCUAUGUUGCAAAGCCAUUGUCGAAGGAAACCAUCUCAUUGUACUAUGACAUGCCAAUAGCUCAAGCGGCUAAGGAGCUUAACAUUGGUUUAACUCUUUUGAAGAAGAAAUGUCGUGACUUGGGUAUUCAGCGUUGGCCUCAUCGUAAGUUCAUGAGCCUAGAUAAUCUCAUCGAGAAUGUCAAGGUAUAUAUAUGAACUAUCCCAUACUUAUACUACGAUUAAGUUGUAACUUGUGAAAUUCCUAAAGAUUUUUUUUCAAAAACCAACACAAAGCUCUCUAGGGAUUAAGUAGGAAUCAUAUAUUGUAUGGUUUUUUGUUUUUUCUCUUCAUAUUUUAAGUUUUGUGAUUUAGUGAACUUUUGAUGUUGUAACCAAGUAGUGAUAGUUCAAUGGUUGAGUUAAAGUGGGUCGAGGUCAGGGUUCGAAUCUAACCAGCUACAUAUUUCCACUAUUAGCCUUCUACUUAGCCAAUAUAGGAGAUGAACGAAUUUUGAUGUGACUACCUUUGUAACUGAAACAGGAGAAGUUGGAGAAAGGGGAAGGGAACGCAGAUGAGCAAAGAAAAAAAUUGGAAAAGCUCAAGAAGGAGAAGAAAAGGAUGAAGGAGUCUCCAGAUUUGGAAUAUGAGGAUAAGACAAAGAGAUUGAGACAAGCUUGUUACAAGGCUAACCAUAAGAGAAAGAGAAGACUUGUCAUGUCUACGUCAACCGCAUGACAUCAUCUUCUCUUUGAUCAGUAAAAUACACAACAAGACUAGAUUGACUAAUAAGUGCACGAUUUGUUUGGAAGAGUUUAACUGUACCAUCUAGACUUUUUUUGGUCAAAACCAUCUAGACUUAAGUUUGACGAUGAAUCUAUGUUGUGUACAGGCUUGUAAGCAAUCAUGUUUGUUCUUUUUGUUUGGUCGAAAUCAGUCAUGUUUGUUCAUCGCGUCGUUUUGAGUUGGCAUAUGAAUUGAUGAAUGGUGAAUGAGAUUGAGAACUAGGUAGCGAUAUUGUUUAAAGCUUUGCGACUUGCGCAAAAUCAUAUAUAGUUUAUUCUUAUGUUAAUCUUUUUGCUCUCGGUUCAGUCUAGCAUUGGACUCUGGUUCAAGAAUCAUUCGACUGAUUCUAAAUCAUUGUGAAGUGUCGGUUCAAAGGAGAUUAUUAAAUGAGGAAAUCUCCAAAUUCGUAGUAAAAUCUAAAUUAUUCUAAUUUCUUAACCUCAAUGUCACCUCACUCUUUAAAUACUAAACUCUAAAAACUAAUCAAUAAAUUUAAACUAAAAUAUGAAAUGUAUAUUUAUUUAUUUUUAUUUUUAGUAAGUGUUAUUUUAGAAACAAUUUCAUUAUAUGCUAAUUUUGUCAAAAAAACAGAUUCAAUAAUAUUUGAGGAUAUAUAUCUUAGAACUCUAUAUCUUAACCACGCUCAGAAAUCUAUUUGAUAUACUUGAGCGAUUUAAAUGUUCUUAGAUAGUGGUUGUCAAACAUAGAAAUUCUUAAGAAAAUAAGGAAAUUGUAAGUAAGAAAAAAGGAAAUUGUUAGACUCGUCUAAAAAAGGAAACUGUACUCUCUUCUUAAAAAAAAAAGAAAAGGAAAU